AUAAAUGCGAUGCAGCUCCUGCUCCACCUCGUUCGCUAGGGCUUUGGUGCAACCGCUCUUUUCGCUCGCGGCCGCCGCCAAGCUGUCCCUCGAGGGGCGACCGGAGGAGAACACUGAUCUGUACGAAUGGGGAAGGGCACGGGGAGCUUCGGGAAGAGGAGAAACAAAACUCACACGCUCUGUGUGAGGUGCGGACGGAGGAGCUUCCAUCUCCAGAAGAGCCGCUGCGGCUCCUGUGGCUAUCCUGCUGCUCGGAUCCGAAAGUAUAACUGGAGCGUGAAGGCCAUUAGGAGAAAGACUACUGGAACAGGUAGGAUGAGAUAUCUCCGUCAUGUUCCUCGGAGGUUCAAGAAUAACUUCAGGGAAGGAACUGAAGCAGCUCCAAGGAAGAAAGCUGCCGCAGCAAAUUAAUCAAGAGUUUUAUUUUAUCGCUAUUUAUCGAGGAGCACCUCUUUGCAUUGGCGUUCAUCGUGAACAUUUUAUCAAUUAGAUUCCUUGCAACUUCCUAUCGAAGAACUAUGGAUAUAAAUUUUAUAUUUUGAUGUUAAGUUGAGACAAUCUUGACUAUUGAGCAACACUCAAUACUAUAAUAAACUCAAGCUCCAACACUUA